AAAGGCGUUUGCUGACCAUCUCACACCUCUUGCAUUCCUCACACUCUGGAAUCAUCAGCUUCCCCUUGAAGGUAUAUCAGCCGAUACUACAAAACCUUUGUACUACACCUUUCCCACGCCAAAAUGUCUACCAAUGAGAAACAACUCACUCCGCCUUUUACUGUUGAGGCUGGGCCGGGGACUGACAUCUGGCGAAAGCCUGGGCAUAACGCGUGGAACAUUCCUGAUGUCCAUACCGUCUCAGGCCCACUCAAGUCCUUUGUUUCUGCUCGUGUCACCUUCUCUGCUAAGUGGGAGAAUCUCUACGACCAGUCCGGCAUCGUCCUUGUGCCACGCAAGGCAUCUGACCCCGCAGCUCCUGACAGCAAGUGGAUCAAGUCCGGUAUCGAACUAUACGCUGGAAAGCCUCACUUGAGCACUGUCGCUUGUGAUAGGUUUGCCGAUAUGAGUCUGUACCCUGUGUCAGCCCCAGAAGGUCAACGUAUUACACUCGAAGUAGCCAAGGAAGGGGGAAACAUUUGGGUUCAUCAGCUCAUUCUGGGUGAUGAUGGAAGCAUCAAGGAACGGUUGCCACUGAGGGAGAUUUGUUGGAUUCUUUGUGAGGAGCAGGAUGACUGGGUCUUGGACGUGAGUGCCUUGGCAGCCAGACCGGACAAGGCUGCGAAGGGUCCUCUGAAGGUUGAAUUUAGUGACUUCCAGGUGAAGUGGAAAGAGUAAAUAUCCAACCUCGGGCGUCAAUGGAUGCGGUAUGGUUGGCUCAACUAAACGCAUGCAGCCUUUCAUUAACUACUGCCAAAGAAUACGAGCUUGCCUUCAUUCACAAGUACUCCGCUUGUUGGUACAUAAGUCCCAAAGCUAUUAUUUUCAGAUUGCGCAAGCCCUAGUCAGCGGUCAUGAGAUUACCCGCGCAACUAUUGUUGUUUUGAUCCAAGUGCCCGUCGGACAAUAGCUAUAAGUGAUUAGAACUACAGGUAGCCCUG